AGCCAAAAAUGAGAAAUGUGGCAACUGUCUGGUUGGCAGCGAGAAAACGAUCAGUGUGAAUCGAUUCUCGAAAUUGUUGAGAUGUCUGGAACUGGCCCGCCUUUGCCACCGGUGGCAAUCGCUUUUUGUUUGUUAAUUGCAGGUGUUUUAGCCGGCCAACAACGGACGUUUCUCUUCCAUCCGAACAGCAUCCGCUACAAUGUCAACAAUAACCGCCCGAUUAUCGGAAUUCUAUCACAAGAGCCUUCAAAGUCAUUAGCUUCCGUUUCACCUGAGAGUGCGAGUUACAUCGCCGCAUCCUACGUCAAAUGGCUGGAAGGCCAGGGCGCUCGAGUCGUCCCUAUUAAAGUCAAUCAACCAGAUUCGUACUACAAAACCGUGUUUGAAUCCAUCAAUGGGUUACUCAUUCCCGGAGGCGGUGCAAGUCUAAUUUCAUCCGGUUACGGCAAAGCUGGCUCGAUUUUGUACGAUUUAGCCAUCGAAGCAAACGACAACGGAGAUUUCUUUCCCGUUUGGGGCACCUGUUUGGGUUUCGAAUUGCUCCUUUACCUGUCGGCUGGCAAAAACAAUUUCCUAACUACCUGCAAUUCUUACAAUCGAGCUUCUUCACUUAGAUUUCUAUCAGAUGCUGCCGUCAGUCGAUUGUACCAAAGGGCACCGAACGACGUACUCAAGACGUUGAGCAAAGAGAAAUCGACGUCGAAUUUCCAUCACUGGUGCAUGACGAGAGAGAAUCUAACAGCUUCGUCGCUGGACAAUUUCUACAGACCAUUGGCCACAUCGACGGACGACGACGGCCUGGAAUUUAUAGCAACCAUUGAAGCUAUAAACUAUCCAAUUUGGGGGUUGCAAUUCCAUCCGGAGAAGAACGUCUACGAAUGGGGUGCCAAUUUAACAUCGGUACCUCAUUGGCCGAGUGCCAUUAAAGCCGGCCAGUAUUUCGCCGAGUUCUUUGUCAAUCAAGCCCGCAAGAGCCAACAUCGUUUCGCCUCUAAACAGGAAGAGGCAACUUACCUGAUUUACAAUUACGCUCCAAUUUACACGGGCAAUGUGUCCAGCAGUUUUCUCCAGUCGUAUUUUUUCGAUUGACUUGCUGGCAUAUUACGUCCAUUACCUGUGUAAAUAUCGAACUUUGUUCGAUCAUUACAAAUUCUUGGUUGAUGACA